GUGAGAGGUCAACGCCGGAAAAGGCUCCGGAUGAUGGCGGAAGAAGCGCCGCGAAGUCCCUCCAACGGGCGCAGACGCUUAGGAAACAAACCACCUUUAAAAAAUGAAGAUGCUGCUGAAAGGAAAGCAGCACUUGAAGCUGCUAUUAGGAAAAAAAUUGAGUGUGAGCGGAAAGCAUUGCAAGUUGUUGAACACCUGUUGGAAGAUAACAUUACCGAAGAAUUAUUUGUGGAUUGUGGGAGGCUUAUAACACCUUCUCACUAUCUGGAUGUGGUGGAAGAACGAUUUAUCAUCAAGCUAUGUGGCUAUCCUCUCUGUCAAAAUAGGCUACAGAAUGUGCCAAAACAAAAGUAUAAAAUUUCCACAAAAACAAAUAAAGUAUACGAUAUUACCGAGAGAAAGCGUUUUUGCAGCAAUUUUUGUUACAAAGCAUCAAAAUAUUUCGAGGGCCAAAUAUCCAAAACUCCAGUGUGGCUUCGAGAAGAAGAAAGGCCACCAACUAUUGAGCUGCUAAAGAAAGAGGCAAGUGGCUACUAUGGGAAGGAAAUAAAAUUAGUCGGCGAAAGAAUUGAAGCCUUAGACAUUGAAAACCCUACUCCUGCAGAAAUCCAUCACGACUCUAACUCAGGCAGUGAAAGCAACAGUGAUGCUGAGCAGGAGUUUGUUUCCUCUGUUCUACAAGAGAAUCUCUCAAAUACAGAGAAAUUGGCCGGGAAACCCCUCAAAAGCAUCCUCAAAAAAAGCCCUACCAAGAGAGCCGAGCCUCAACUCUUCACCCCAGAGGAGACGGUUGAUGAGACUUCAGCCCAACUAAACCAAGGCAGAUCACAUGUUCUACAAGAAGAGGGUGGCUUUCCUGGUACUAUUCAGGGGGAAGAACAUUGCCAUUCUCCGAACGUUCUUGAAAAUGUGCAGGUCUCUGAAAAUCUUGGAAAUAGCCCUAGAUGCUCCCAGGUAGUGUUUCUGGGAGUGAGCCAAAAAGGGGCAGACCAAUUUAAAAGGUUACUUGCUAAAUCAAAACUGACUGACAGAGGUCCAGCAGACUCCCUUGCGGCCAAAGAUAGCUUGUUAGAGAGCCUCUGGCAGACAUUUACUGAAUGGAGAAGUGAAGAGACACUAAAGCUUCUCCAUGGCUCUUGCAGCACCCCCAGUCAUCUACUGCAGCACACCCAACCAAAGGACUCUGGCAAGGAAUAUCUUGAUGAAGAUGAUUUGGAAAAUGCUAGUAGCAGUGAAGCUCUACCCCAAGAACACACUUUAAACAGCCUAGAUCAGUCUUUGCCUUUCCGGGACCCUGGGACAGCUGCCAAACCUUUACCCAGCUUUGAAAAAUUGAAAAAAGAGACAUUACAGUUGGAGUUAAAGGUGAGCGAAUUUUACAAAGGAAAGUUCACCGUCACCGAAGAGGAGGAUUUGGCAAUGCAAUCAGAAAGGGAACAGCAGAAUGGGAAGUCUCAAGACAAUGAACAGUGGGCUCCCAUUUUGCCACUUGUAGAUUCUAAAGCACAGCAGCAGAUACGGACACGGAUUGUGCUUGAAAAGCUACAAAAAGCAUUGCCUGCUGUUUUGGGCCCUCUUAAGAUUCCUUUUGGUGAUGUUUAUAGUGAACUGAGAAAUCUUGUAAAGACAUUUAGGUUGACAAAUACAAAUAUAAUCCACAAAGCUCCAGUAUGGACCUUAAUUACCAUUGUGCUGCUGUCUAGCUUGUCAGAAAAUAUUCCUGCCUUUGCACAUGGUCAGCAAAACAAAGGAUAUACACAGUUCCUUGCUACCUUGCUGGAAGAAUUAUGUAUCGAAACCGAAGAUCUGAAAAGUUUAACAAAAAUAUUUAAAAGUGGUUGACUCCUUCACUG